AAGAGACAUUAAUUACCACGGUCCAUUGUCCAGACAAGGUUCUGCGAGAAACAGAGCCGGCGAGAAGCGAAAUGGAGGCGGCUUUAGCGGAGUUAGAGCGACGCCAGACUGGAAUCCUCGAACGAAUAUCUAAACUGGAGCGCUCUCUCCCGCCGGACGCUCCUACGACCACCGCAGUCGUAUCCGCCAUCUCAAACUCUGCCGCCUUCUGCGACAUCGAAGCUCGCCUCUCCAACAUUCUCCGAUCCAAUGGCGUAAACAACUUUUCCUUCAGGAAAGUUCCAUCGGACUACUACGAUUGCUUAAUGUGAAUAUAGGACUGAUUGUUACUUCAUAAUUUAAAAAUAAUUAAACAAAGAGAACAAUGGUGAAACAUUGAUCUAAGUUUGUUGGCCCAUUUUCUCUUCUGAACUUCCAAAAGGCCUAUACAAGGUAGUUAUAGCAAAUGUGUUUUGGGUGCUUCUCUUUUAGACAAUACCAUUUCAAUGUCUGUGUUUUUCUCAUUAGGAUGAGUACAUGCGGUCCUGAGGUUUAAUACCAUGCAGUCUAUGCAGAUAUCCAUCCCUAUCAUGCUUGUCCCAACUGCCAAAGGUUUCUUUUCUGAAGAUGGGGCAAAACCUACUUUUAACCCCUCACCUUACUAAGUUUGAAGGUUUUAGCCCCUCACCUUAUAUUAUAA